AAUAGUUUAGGGGUCCCUACACACACACAUGUACACACGCCCUCUCGCUCUGUUUCUUUGAGCUCUACUCAACCGUCAGCCGUAAAACCUCCUCUCCCCAGUUGUCGGAGAGAUCCGACGCCGACGGCUUUCUCGUCCCGAAGUAGCCGCCGCUCAAGCUUUCAUUUAUCGGAGGAUUUUGUGACAGAUUUUGACAAGCGCACAUCUCCUCGAGUGAAGAGGAGCGUCAGUGUUGCUAUAAAGCAAUAAGAAUUAAGAACAUGAGGAGUUGAGCUGGAGAUAUUGAGGAACCGAGUGGCUGUCAUGGUAUUCGUUAGGAGUAUAGGGAGUGUGAGAUCUUUGAGGCGCUUCUCAUCUUCAGGACCGUUAAUCCAGACUGGUGAUGUUUUGAGGGAGAACCGUGUGUUCUCCGACGAAGAUGUAAGAGCUUAUUCAAAAGUGAGUCACGAUACAAAUCCUCUUCAUUUUGAUUCUGAACAUGCUCGGGCUUUGGGGUUUGAGGACCGCCUCGUUCAUGGGAUGCUCGUUGCUUCCCUCUUUCCUCGAAUAAUUUCUUCGAACUUUCCAGGAGCAGUGUAUGUUUCUCAAAGUUUGCAAUUCAAGUUGCCGGUCUAUGUCGGAGAGGAGAUUACUGGCGAGGUCCAAGCAACUAACAUAAGAAAAUUGAGGGACAAGUCCUUUGUGAAGCUCGCUACGAAGUGCUUCAAGAAGGGCGAGCUUCUCGUCAUUGACGGGGAGGCUCUAGCAAUCUUGCCAUCUCUUGCUAGGGAAUGACUUACGUAAUUCUAGCGGUAGGAGCUCAAGUUUCAAGAGAUUUGUCCAAACUGUUGAAGUGGAAUGUCGUGGCCAGAAGGGGACUCCAUGAAUAUGAUCUUUUGCAUUUGGAAACUCGUCUCACGAGAGUCCGAUGGGUUGCUAUUCUCGAAAUGUUCAAUGAACAAAUUGUAAAGUUUUUUCAUCAUACGAAUUCACAUUUGUGAAAAUGGUCAAAUACCUGAGCUUGGCAUUGAUUUUUGCUCUA